GACAAUACUCUGAGAUCUCGAAACGCACUACUAUACCUCGCAAUCAUGGGUAACUCUCAAUCUCUCUUCUACCCAGACAACCCCAACAGGCGCGCUCGCGCUCAGCAGCUCGCCGACGACUGUCAGUCGUUCAAGCACGAUUACGAAAAGAUCAAGGCCGAAGUCGAAAAGGAACUCGGCCCUUACAAGGAGAAAGUCGCCAAAGUCUUGCACGCGUUUGGGUGCAAGAACCUCGAUGAUCUCGACAAGCUGGUGCGCAGUACCGCCGUCGGCGAGAACCUGGAAAAAUGGAUUGAAAUUAAGAGCACUGUGGACGACCUGGAUACUGCUAGCGAAGUAUUCUCGACCGCGAUGGCCAUUGUCGCUAUUGCCGGGAUAGCCAUCAGUAUUGUAGGCGCUCUCGCCGGUGGCUUUGGCUUUUUCGCCGGGAUCGCUGUCACGACCGAUAUCCUCUUGGUACUGGGAAUUAUCGGGGCCAUCUUUGACGCCAUUAGCGGGGCUGUUCAACGCUCCCAGCUGCGUGACGCUAUCAACUCGCUUUAUCCAUCUCGCAUCAAGAUCAAGUACUUGCUGGAACAUAGCAGGCAUCCACUGAUACAAAUCAAUAUCUCCGGCAUUAAGAAGCUCUAUAGGAUCUUCGAGAAAGCCGGAUAUGAUAGGGACAUGAUCAUCAAAGAGCUGCGCGAAGGCGACGUCAUGAAGAACCUGCAGGAGAGUAACGCUGCCGCUACCUACUACGAAAUCGCCAAAGGCUUGGUCGAGCAUGACCGUACCCGACCCGGAGGCGCAUGGACAAAUGAGGACCCCGGAUGGGAGGCCAUCGCGCACUCGCUCGAUGCGGAACUUGAGGCGAAGAAACGAGCCGCUCGCGGGAAAACGGUCGCGUUCCAGCCUGCCAUGCUCAUGUCCACUUCUGCGAUUGGAGCUUCGCACACUCAGCCUUUGAGAAGGAUGGCGAAUGAUAUCAUGCCCGAGGUCUGCAUGCGACAUCUUACUUGUGAUUGCGCCCUUACACUGCAACGUAGCCUCUGA